GUCGUUUCUUAUUUCUGAUUGAUUCUCUGUAGAGAAGAGGAAGAGAAGAAGAAUGGUGACAAGAAUGGCGACGAAGGUGAGUUUGGAAGGGAAGAGAGUGGUUUUGGUACCGUACAUGGCGGAACAUGUACCAAAGUACCAUCAAUGGAUGCAAGAUUCGGCUCUUCUUGAAGCUACGGGAUCUGAGCCGUUGAGUCUUGAGCAAGAGUAUGAGAUGCAGCUUUCUUGGACUCAAGAUCCCAAUAAGCGGACUUUCAUUGUCUUGGACAAGGAUUUCGUUAAGGGAGACCUGGCUCAUGGCCAACCUCAUGUAGAAGCAAUGACAGGUGAUGUGAACAUUUACAUGAAUGAUGUGGAUGAUCCAAAGGUUGCAGAAGUUGAAAUAAUGAUAGCUGAGCCCAGAAGCCGUGGUAAAGGACUAGGAAAGGAAUCUGUGUUGAUAAUGAUGGCUUAUGGUGUCAAGAACUUGGAGAUUCACAAGUUUACAGCCAAAAUUGGGGAAUCAAACACAGCUUCCCUCAGCUUAUUCCGCAAACUAGUACAACAACUCAAUCUCUUGUCUCAAAUGUAUGUGCUCCAUUGCCUGUGUUUACAAAGGAAAAUGGCUAAACACACUUUGUUGUUUGUUAAAAGGGUUUCGAGGAGUCUUCUUACAGCGGUAUCUUCAAAGAGGUAAAAAGUAGUUUACUACUUCAUACACUCCAACAAAGGAUGUUACUUUUGGCAUAUACUAGAUUGAGUUUCUUUAAUCUGACAGGUUACACUCGAGUAUCCGGUGACUAAUCUCCGUCGAGAAGAGCUCUUGAAGUUAUUGGAUGAAGUCAUUAGGCACACUCAUUCAUCGAACAACCCAUCAGACUCACUGCUAUCAGGAGAAGCUACUGCAUAAAGCAUUUUCUUCAGUGUUUAUUGUUAUUUUUCUCUUCAACUUGGGAAAGAAUUUGAAAUCAUUGUAGCAUGUAUGAGUUUAUAAAUUAUGAUUACUAAUAUACAUGGUCCAUUGUUUCAA